ACUUGUUUGUAUUUAAAAAUUGUAAACAUGUAUAAAUUUUUAAUUGGACAAAAAUGGAAGUUUAUCUCUCGACAAGUAAAAAAUAAAGUAAACGAAAGAUUAGCUCAUUCUACUAAAGUGAAAAGUACACAGAAAAAGCACAAGUAUUCGGGAACCGUUUUGCUACCGCAAACUCAGUUUCCAUUGCAACUUAAUAAAGAGGAAAAGAUGAAGAGUGAUCAGUAUUUAACCACGAAAUGUGGUUUUUCUGAAUUAUACGAAUGGCAAAGGAACAAUUUGCGUGAACCAGAUUUUAUUUUACACGAUGGACCACCGUACGCUAAUGGAACUCCACAUAUGGGACAUGCUAUCAAUAAGAUUCUUAAAGAUAUCACGCUGAGGAAUAAUAUUAUGCAAGGAAAACGUGUUCAUUAUAUACCAGGUUGGGAUUGUCAUGGAUUGCCUAUUGAAUUGAAAGCUGUUCAAGAUGUUAACGUGCAAGAUCCUUUAACAAUCAGACAACAAGCUCACGAGUAUGCAGAGAAAAUUGUUAAUCGACAGAGACGAGCUUUUCAAUCGUGGGGUGUUACGGCUGAUUGGAAAAAAUCUGGGUGUUACUUUACAAAUCAAUCUUCGUAUAUAAAGAAUCAGCUCCAUCAAUUUAUAACAUUAUACGAAAAGGGUAUCGUAUUUAGAGAUUUCAUGCCAGUCUACUGGUCUCCUUCUUCUAGAACAGCACUGGCAGAAUCUGAAUUAGAGUACAACGAAAAGCAUCAAAGCAAAAGCGUUAUUGUACGUUUGCGCAUCGAUGAGUUUCCUAGGACGUUGAAUUCGUUAAAAAAUCGUAUUGUAUAUGCGCUUACAUGGACCACAACUCCUUGGAGUUUAAUAGCUAAUCAGGCUCUUUGUUUUGCAACGAAUGCUACGUACUGUGUCGUCGAAGAUGUGAAAGGAAACUGGAAUAUCAUUGGAGAAGAUUUAUUAAAAAAUGUCGAAUCAAAGAUCGGUCCUCUGAAGACGAUAACACGCAUCGAAGGUAGGGAAUUAGAGGGAACCACGUAUUUUCAUCCGUUCGAGGAGAAAACAUUACCGUUCUUACCUGCGCAACACGUGACGUUGAAUUUGGGAACAGGCUUGGUACAUACUGCCCCUGCACAUGGCCGGGAAGAUUUUUUAGUCGCGUUGGAUAAUAAAAUGCCUGUCGUGUCCAUGGUAGACGCGGACGGUCGAUUCACGGAAGUAGCUGGUCCAGAGUUUCAUGGACUGAGUGUAUUGACAGAAGGAACAGAGAAAGUUUUACACUGCUUAGAGAAAGAUGUGUUACAUGUCGAAAUGUAUACACAUAGUUAUCCUUACGAUUGGCGAACGAAAGAACCAGUAAUUAUUCGUGCUUCCAAUCAAUGGUUUUUCAAUAUAAAUUCUGUGAAGGAUAAAGCUCUCGACUGUAUCAAGGACAUAGUCAUAUAUCCCGAAUGUAAUCGUGCAUCGUUUACAAAUGCUUUGAUCGCUGGAAUAAAAGAUCGACCAUAUUGGUGUAUCUCGCGACAACGUUGUUGGGGAGUACCGAUACCUGUGGUUUAUAGUAAAACAACGGGUAAACCGUUUACAAAUAGAGCAUUAGUCGAGCGUCUGUGUCAUUCGAUCGACGAGUACGGUCCUGAUUGUUGGUGGAAGUAUUCGGAGGAAAAGUUGAUAGGAUUGGAUGCGAUUAAGGAGAUGAAUGUUCCACCGGAUGAUGUAGAGAAAGGAAAGGAUAUUCUGGACAUUUGGUUCGACAGUGGUAUAUCGUGGUCAGCAGUUUUACCGGAAGGCAAAGCGAACCUUUAUUUGGAAGGAUAUGAUCAAUUCAAUGGUUGGUUUCAAUCAUCUUUGAUAACAUCCAUAGCUUUGCAAGGCUGCCCACCUUAUCUCACGCUGUACGUGCAUGGUUUCGCAACCGAUGAAAACGGUUCGAAGAUGUCUAAAUCUAUAGGAAAUGUGAUCGAUCCCGAAGACGUUCUCCUAGGUGGAUCAAAUUUGGAGGAAAGCCCGAUCUAUGGUGUCGAUGUUUUAAGAUGGUGGGUGGCUAGUCAUGGAUCUCAGCAUACGCAAGUACCCGUUUCGAAAGCAUUACUCGAUGGUUGCGAACAAUCUAUUAAUAAAUUACGCUCGAUACUGCGUUUUCUUUUGGGUGCUUUGCAUUCGUACCAUCCAGUUAUGGACGGUGAAGCAGACUAUCGAAUUAUCGACAAGUAUAUGCUGUACAGACUAUAUCGUUAUAACGAACAGAUGCUGCAACAUUACGACAAUUACAAUUACCAUCAUGCGAGUAAAACCGUUCUAAACUUUGUAACAAACGACGUGUCAGCUUUGUAUUGUUUCCUAAUAAAGGAUAGACUCUAUUGCGACGAGGCGACAUCGCCGUCGCGUGUCGCGGUUCUACAAGUUCUAAGAGGGACUUUGACUGUACUUUUGAGAACUCUAGCCCCGAUUGUUCCACACCUGGUGGAAGAAGUAUGGUUACAUCACCCAGAUAACCGUGAUCAAAGUGAAAGACCAUUUUGCCACAACACGUACGAGAUACCCGAAUCUUGGAACGACACGGGUAUCGCAGAGCGUAUAGAUGCGGCGUUUCGUGUGAGGAAACAAACCGGAAAAAUGGCCAAGGGGGCUAGGUGGAAGUUAUCUGUUACUAUAAAAGCUACAAAAGACGAUUUCCCGUGGCUUUCCCUUCUACACAAUGAAGAAGAAAAAUCGACGUCGGAAUUGUGCGAAAUUUUGCAAGUGUCUUCGAUAACUUUGAUCGAAGACGAGGGAAUCACAGAAACGCAAGUUGAAGCGAAGAAUAUCAAAAGCGUAUUAUGCGAACGAUGCAGAAGGUAUCCCGAAGCUCGAAAAGACGGCUUGUGUUUACGUUGCGCUAGUAUACUUAACAAAGGCGAAUCGAGGCCCGAUGAUCGUAUGAUCCUAUCGUAAAACACAGGUAUUUUCAUCUUUCAUCUUUCAUUUCUUCUUUCCUCUUCCUUCUUCCUUCUUCCUUCUUCUGUGUUUCAUUUUACUUUACUUUAUUAAUUAAUCGUUAACUUACAAUGAAAAAUAUAAUUUACACGAAGAAACGUAGAAUGAAACAACGCGGAAGACCAAAGAUAUGAUAGGUUACAAGUCGGAAGGUCCUAUAGAAGAACUCCGAUGAGAUUUUAUGGUUAAAUCGUACAGAUGAUUGAUAUUAAGGGCAUUUAAGAAAUGCAUUAAAUGCGGCUGAUAACCGCUGGUAGCCAGUUUAAACGCGACAUGCGCCAUGUAUGCGCGUAAUUCGCAGAACGCUUGAUACAUUUGUUCCAAUCUUUUAAAAUUUGGAUGCACGUAUCCGGUAGACUUCAUAGUCCAUGUUUGAGAUCGCAAUCUAUUAUGGAACUUUAAGAUAACUUUGAAUAUAUUGUUUAAACACAAGCGUACUUUUUCACCGCGAGCGUUCAGCAUACAUCUGUAAAGAGAAACGCGAUAAGUAAGGCGAAUCACACUGUGUGUACUCGUGCGUGUUUAGUAGCGAUAGAGGAAUCGUUUCUUACCUCGAAAGUAUUCGUUUUAUAUAAUUAACGUGCGAUAAAUAAAUUUGAUCUAAAGUCAAGGAAUUUUCCAAAUCUUUUUCGAAUUCAGUCCAACUGGCAUAUAAGACGCUGCAUGUUAAAUAAUUAUGCAAGGCGUUCAUAAAUUGCGUCAUCGAAUGUCUAUACAACUGCAACUGUAAACAGUUUGAUUGUGAAGAAAUUUGAAGUGUGCUUCGUUCUUGAAACGAAACGCAUAUCAACAGUACCUUGUGGUACUGUGACGACGAUGCAAGUGUUUUACGUUCUCUUUUCAUCAUGUUGAAAUCUUCUUGCAACACCCAUGAUACCCGACCGCUUGUUAUUAAAAAUUUAAAUACUUUACCAUACCGUUGCAUAACUGGAUCAUCGAAUAUAAUGUUCAGUGGCCAAGUUAUCUUGUAAUUCAACGAAAGACAAUCCAGCGUGCCAGGAUCGGACAUCUGCGAAACGACCAUAAGCCAGAGAACGAUAUCUCUUAAGAAUGUAAAGUUGAAAAUGAAAGAAAAUGAAAGAAAACGAAAGAAAACGAAAGAAAACGAAAGAAAACGAAAGAAAACGAAAGAAAAUGAAAGAAAAUGAAAGAAUGGAUGAGAGAAGAAGAGGAAAGCUGAACGAUGCAAAGGAUUAACUUACGUGCAAUUGUAUCGGUGCGUUUGUCGCCGAAAGACCAAGAAGCUCCGAAUUCACGUAAAUGCUAUUGAACGAAUUGACAAGAGCUCGUUCCAAAAGAUUCGUUAACGUGGCAGAAUUAAAUAAUUCAAUGGGUAACGAGAUCUCGUAUAAACGAGUGUACAGAGAAUCUGUCAGGCUCUUUGCAAAUUCUCCGUUCAACAGAAAGAAAUAACUUCGCAGACUGUGUAAAUGUAAUAACAAAUUGUUUUCUUCUACAAAAUAUUUAAUAAUUGCACUAUUAACGAGUCGACUUUGUACUUCAAGAGGGAUGCGAAUUGACUUCUCGAGAUAAGCUUGAAGGGAACUAUGAUCGAUUAAUUCGAUAUCAGCAACGGUUAAAGAAGUUGUCGUCGACGAUGUCACGGUUGGCGGUGGUUCGUCCUGUUGCAAUGCAAAUAUGUCGGAAAAGGUUGCAUCUUUCUUCAUGGCUGUAGGCGAUUUCGUAAGUGUACGAGAAUUACUGGACAACAUGUCGAUACUUGAAACCUCGAUGGGUGACCGAUCUUCCGAAUGGUGAAUUUGCGAUACAGGACUUUGCACCGAUGAUGUCAAAUUGUCUGUCGUACAAGACAUGGGUGUUUCUAAAUCGUUUCUUUCGUUUGCACCAGUAUCGAACCUAUCGUCGUCGGCGUUGUCAACGAUGUCUCUUGGUAAAUCAUUUGUAUCGGUUGCAAUCCUUAUCCUUCGUAUGUCGAGUUCGUUAUUAUUUGGUGUCAUGUUACCUUCCAAAGACCAAGCCGAGUCCUUGUCAACAUACGACUGUAUCGCUGCUGCAUUAUCAAUUUUCACAUUCAAUACGGUAGGUCUUUCGAUCGUAACCGUUGGCGUGAUGUAAGGUAUCGUCGCGUACAACUGAUUAGUAUCCGCAACGAUGGCUGUUUUCAUUUUGGCCUCAUCUCCCGACGGUUUCGAUAUAUUUUUCUCUAUUGACUUUUCUAUUCCUCGAUUGUUCGAAAGAAUGCAGAAAUUGUUUUCCUCGUUGUCGUCGUCGUCAUUAUUGUUGUUAUUAUUGUCGUUGUCGUUGUCGUUGUCGUUGACGUUAUUAUUGUUGUUGUUGUUGUUAUUGUUCUUCCUGUCGUCGUCGUCGCCGUAGUCGCAGUCGCCAUUGUUAUUGUUACUCAUCGUUAUGAUCGCACAAUUUGCAAACUGAUCUUGUUGCUUCGAAUUGUCUCGAUCGGUUCGUGAAUCGAGUAACUUGGGAGUUACUACGAACUCUGUAUCAACAGUUCUUCGGCAAGACGUCCUCGCAUAAUUCUUAUUUUCGUCUUCGAACGAGAUUGGAAUUUCUGUUAGAAGACACGAGCCUGACACAGGGCCUUCUUGUUGCUCUUUCGAUUCUUUUCCAUCUUGUUUAAUUUUUAAUUGAUGCUGCAAAUUUUGUUUCGUCGAAGAUAAUACGUCUAUUCUCUUGUGAAAGAAUGCCAUUCUUUUGGCACGCCAUUGAGAACGCAUGCAACGUUUCUCAAUGUCGAGAGUUAGAUUCUCGUAGUAAUUCAAAAUAUUUGUUCUGUAACAAAUGUAAAAUUCAUUUCCGGCUGGGAUCGUCUAUGAGAAAGAAAGUAACUUUAAAGAGAUCGAUAAAUUGGCAAACCGUUCAACAGGUCGUAAGUUUUCUUGUAACGCGCAAGGAAAUCCAUCGGACAGUUCCUCCUUUUCCUUCUUCUGUUUCUUAUUCUUCUUAUGCGCUUCGAUAACCGAACACUGUUCUUUCAGAUUUGUCAGAAAAUCGCGCUUCGUUUGCGCUAUUUUCUUUAAUGCAGCUUCUCGUUCUCCUAAAAACGAUACAGCAAUACUGUCUCGUGAAUCCCAGCAAUUCCGUGAAUGUUUUCGUAUUGAAAGCUUACCCUUGAUUCUCGUCAGUGUAUCGUGUUGAGCGCGAACAACAUACUCGGCCAUUUCUUUUUCCAUUUGCUUUUUACUCUGUAUAGCCAUCGACAGAGAAAGUAUCGGGCCAAGGGCAGAUUUACCUUUUUCUUCGUAUUUUCGGUAUUUCAAGGACUGUUCGUACAACGCGGUUACACUCAAGCAAACUUUCACUUCGGGUUGUUCGGUCACGCAAACAUGGCACACGGGAUUCUGAAGCCUCGUUUCGAGAUCAGUAUGAUAAUGGAUAAUUGAUCAUUGAGAAGAAUUGACAGUACAAACGAUUGUAGUUAUACGAUUUUUCACGUUAUCCUGUACAACUACUACAAGUGUAGAACGCAUACCUUCGCAUUACAAACUCGCAGAAGUCUGACUGUUUUGCCGCAUUGGAGAAUCGAUUCUGAUAAACCGCUUAAGAAACCAGGAAUCGCUUCGUUUCGAACGAUGAAUGUUUUUGUCCAAAAUUUAUAAUCUCUGCUGCGUAGGUAUUGCGGUCGGGUUUUAAUCAUAAAUUCUCCGUAAACGUCAUCGCAUAUACCCUCGAACAUCCACUUUUGCAGAAACCUGUUCGAAGAAAUGAUUCGAUUACAAUGCAUGCAGAAUUGUCCGACCGCUGACUCGUCUUAUUCUUCAUUGAACGGGGUAUAGGUACCGAAAGUAAACCUCGCAACAAGACUUUAAAAGAGAAUAAAACACCAAGGCGACUUUGGUAUUUGUCAGUUGAAUCGCUUCAUUGUAAAUUCUAGCGAUAAUACUGCUCCCUUCCCGAAGUGUACAUUGAUUUCCUUUGUAAGGUUCGCACAAUUCGGCAACUUUGGUGAUCAGGUCGGCUACGGGACGCACUUUCUGAAAUAUCUUCAACAACCUCUCGGAAUGAUUUGUCUUACUAAAGAUUCUUACAAGAACCGCUUGAUAAUGAAGCAACAGUUCCUUCACAUUUGUGCACACAGCCUAUCGAAUAACAGACCGAGUAUUAUUUGCAAUGCAUUAGAAUUCCCAACCGUGCGCAUAAACUUCUAUCGAACCUUAAAUAUAAAACCUUCUUGUGAUGUGUCGCCCUUUUGUGAUUUCGGCAUAAUAAACUGUGAUAAGAAUCUAAAGCAGUUACCCCAAUUAAUAGCUUCUCGACAAACGUUUUUUAACGAUUUCGAACUGGCGCCGUACACACUGAUGUUUUCUCGUAAGGUAAACCCCGUCUAUAAAAUCCAAAAGAAUUGCACGCAUCUUGUCGCAUUUAAUCGGAAAAUUUCAAUUUUAACUUCCAAAUCAUCGAUUCGAUUACAUACCCAGUCCGUGUAGUGAAAACUAUUUGAUUCUAUUCCAAGUAACAUUGACUUUACGUCGUUAACAAAGUCUUGUACGGAAACUUCUUCGAGAAGCAGUGCAGAGUUUAUCGCCUAUAUUAAAUAAUUAAAAGAAUUAUUUGUACAUAUAAAAUUAAUUGAUAUUAAUAGACUUGUAAAUUCUCUACCUUUCCUGAGAGCAAUGGUAAGCUACUCGUUCGUUUGAUCGUUUCCAAAUAUACAGAAGCUGUUGAUGUAUCGGUCAUAAACAUUAGUUCCCGCGGAUGUUGUAUUUCCCCAAAGCGUUCCCAUGUACGACGAUGAAAGAAGAAUGUGUCGUUUUCACCGAUGUGUUUCCACUGCCAAUUCCAACUAUCCGCAGGAUAGUCUAAUUCAUCGAUAACGCUGUGAUCGGAAGACUUCCAGGUACCUAGGAGACUUUCAUUUUCUAUGGCAACUGCUUCUGAACGAGACAUCGGGAAAUACGAAUAGUUCGGUGAAAAGUCUUUUUCGCUAGAAAACGUGUACUUGGAUUUCUCCUCGCGAUCGUAAGUCUAAGGGAGAAAAUCAUUAUAGAGGAAUCGUAUAAUAGAUAUUGCAUCUACACGAACGAAACUAAUUCUCACCGCUAUUUCUCGCGAUAGAUGCGGAUCCACGGUUAAGCGUUUUAGAUAACAUUGAUUCGAGGGUAUCAAUGUUUCGGAGACUUCUGUAUCGAACGCAUGAGCAGAUAUAAAGCCAGAUGUAACGGAUACACUGUAAUAAAUAUAUACGAACAUGAAAAUUAUAGUAACAACGAUAAAAGAAAAACUAAAGAAAAUAUUUCCUAGAUAGCUCACUUUCUAGAUUCUAUUCCAACUGUGCCUUUAGACUUCACGAUUCCAUGCAAAUAAUGUAAUUCGUUCAUAACGGUAGUAGGCACGACGCGUGUAAUCUGAAGCCUUUGAGUUUCUAAUGUCGCUUCAAAUUUGUCGGACAACAUGAAACAUUCCAUAGGAUAUAUUCUGAAAGAUGUAUUAUCCCUGGCAUAUGUGAUUUCGGGUACAGCAGGAUUAGCUUUACCAUAAUAAAAUAUAUUCUAGAUACCAUAAAAACAAAGUACAUUAAGAAACAGCUGAAACUUCAAAUCCUUUUUAUAGUUUUAUAGUUAAUGUUUAACUUACCGUAAUCGGCUCGGGAGCGAUAUUAAAAUUUUUCAGCUGAACUAAUAAUUCUAGAACAGAAUAAAUAGAUGCAUUCGAGUAAGAAUGCUCUUGAAUUUCCUCCAAUAGUUUCUCUAGCGUAGCAGCGUUACACGAAUGGCUUAAUCUUAGCUUCAUUACAAAAAUAUGUUUCUGUAUUUCUACUAUUGGAUCUAUUUGUUUAUGGUCCAAAUAAUCUGCCAAGAAAACACAACGAAUAGGUGUAAAUAAAAUAUUGUAUCUCUAACAUCCGAACGUUGACAACACACUUUAUUUAAAAGUUUUCUCACCAACUUUCUUCAAUAAUAUUUCAAAAGCUUUGCUUCGAAGAUAUUUGAUUAUUUUAUUAGAGUGAUC